AUGGGGAAGGAGGCUCUGCCGGACAGCGGCGGCUCCAGGAGGCUCCGCAGCGCCUGCACCAACUGGCAGCUGCUGGAGCUGGAGGAGGAAUUCCAGUUCAAGCAGAACGUGUGCCGGCCGCGGCGCGUGGAGAUCGCGGCGCUGCCGGAGCUGAGCGAGCGGCGGGUCAAGGUGUGGGUCCAGAACCGCCGCGUGAAGCACAAGCGGCGGCGGCGGCACCGCCUCGAUUGUUGGCAAAACACGGCGAUCGCCUGGCGGCAAUUAAGCGGGGAAUAUGCAGAUGAGCGGCGGGUUGAGGAAAUAUUGAUUUUGCGCUGCGGAGGGAAGGGGGAUGUGUUUGCUGAGGAGCUCCUGGAAGCUCUGGAGAUCUUGGAUCGGGCGUGGGAAUCUUCCCUGGAGGAGAAGCCCAGCGGGAAUGGGGCCUAG